GACUCAGUGGAUCUCGUUUAAGGGUCCCUUCACCUUUCUGUCGAGUUUUUAACGACACAGAUUCAGUGACGGGUUCACGGACUCUGUGACGAUUUGAACACCCCAGAGGUAGAAACGACACACACCUGAAGAACGACAGCUUCAAGGAGUUCACAGCAUCAGGAUGCAGAAGAAUCCGUGUUGUGUGAAGCUGUCCGUCCAGCCCUCCAGAGGACUUGUGGAUGAGAAAUUCAGCAUCUUGGUUCAGAACACGCCGCCUGGAUUCCAGGUGACCGUACACGCCCUCCACCACAGUGAAGAUGGACACGACUGGGAGGCGUUCGCUCACUACACCGCCAAUAACACAGGGACUGUGAACGUUUCAGAGGAUCCCAGUCUUGGAGGGACAUACUCUGGGGUUGAACAGAUGGGUCUCCUUUGGAGCCUCAGACCAGUGCCGGGCAACAAACCUUGGCUCAGGAUGAGGAAGAUGAACGUCCAGACUCCCAUGGAGGUCACCAUCUCUGUGUACCAGGGUCACCAGACAGAGGGCUUUACAGAUCAGGCGCCACUGGCCGGUGUGGUUGUAGAGCGCUGGUACAUGGCACCCGGUGUCCGCAGAGUCCCGAUCACAGAGGAGGGACUCACUGCGACCCUCUUCCUGCCCUCAGGACCGGGACCUUUCCCCGCUCUCAUUGACCUGUGGGGGGGUGGAGGGCAGUUGGUGGAGAGCCGUGCAUCUCUUCUAGCCUCCCAUGGUAUUGCUGCCCUGGCUCUCGACUACCUGACUCCGAAAAUCACCGUGGAAACCGGGAAGAUGGUUGAAAAUGAAUAUUUUGAGAAGGCAUAUAAAGUCCUGGAGCAGCAUCCUCAGGUCCUCGGCAGCAGGAUCGCCAUGUUGGGUAUUUCUUUUGGCGCCGUUAUGACCUUCAAAUUUGCUGUUUACUCUGAAGUUAUAAAGCUCAGUUGUGCCGUGUCUGUCAGUGGGAGUCACGUGCAGCCAAUAGAUGGAUCCGUGAAACAAAUAUUUGAUUACUUAAUCAAAAAUGCUGGAAAUACCCGCAUCAACGAGGAGAACCAGACAAUCUGGCGAGAUCUGCUGCUUCCUAUCCCCACUGACCCCGCUUUCAAAGUUGAUGUGGGCCGACUGAAGUGUCCUUUGAUGCUGGUUGUUGGAGAGGACGAUCAGAACUUUCCCGCCCCUGAGUCUGCAAAGGACAUAAAGGAGAUGAUGGAGCGAGCGGGGAAUAGCCACCUGCUGACUGUCCUGUCGUACCCAAACGCCGGACACCUGAUUGAGCCUCCGUACACGCCACACGUUCGCGCCACCAACUUUGUAACAGUCGGCUCACGUCAGAAGGUGGUGGCUCUGUGGGGCGGGGAGAUGGUGGCACAUUCUCGCGCUCAGGAAGACGCCUGGAGGAAGUUGCUGGUGUUUCUCAGGGAGAAUCUGUACGGCACAAACCUUGGUGCCACUUCACUUUCCCACCUGCAACGAAAGGUGACAACAUUUAAUUAAAGAUUUGUAUGUGUCAUAUGCUCAUACAGAUGGGCAGUGAAAUGUACUGAUUGUUCCACAUGGCCAUGCAAUAAAACAAUCGAGCAUCACUGUAAAAGAAACAAAAGUACAGAAAUAAUGUAGAAAUAUACAGAUACAAAUAUGAAGUGAUUCUGGUUGCAACAUUACAAAUAUAAUAUUGCCUUGAAAGUCAUUGUUUUCUUUGGAAGUCACAUAUCAUCCUCAAACUGACUUAGUCUCAGAGCUCCCCAAAACAUGUGUGUGAAGUUUCUUAUUCUACUUGAUCCUGUAUUUGAUCAUGCCUAUAAACCCCUCUGUUUCUCUCUGAGGAUUGCUCUGCAGUAAGAUAAGAUAAGUCAUCUUUAUUGUACUCUGCCAACAAACGCUAGUUGGUCCGGUUUCUCUGCUUUUAUACCACAAGUGUCUGGUUUCUGCUUGUGAUUGUACAGAAAACCAUGCCAACUGAAACUGGGUGAAUAUUGACUUGUAGCUUUCUUCCUUCUGCAUAACACUCGAGUCUUAGGGCACACUCACACCAGGCAAUCCGCACCGUGCCUAAUGUCUGGCACACACUAAACGAUUUUUAAAAUCUUAAACAAUUUUUUUAAAUGUGAGACCCCACGCAUGACAUCAUGACCGAUUAACUGUUCAGAUCUCAUAGUGUGUGGUGUGCAACGAGACGAUCAACUCAGCACACCACACAGUUAACGAUUAAUUUGCCGACAACCAGAGUGUCGACUACCACAAAGUAUAAUCUCGUGCGAUCAGACGCGAUUUAAGAGUAAACAUACAUGAUAGGCAAGCUAAAUGUGACUAGCUGUUAGCUGGUGUUGAAGAAAUUACUAAGACUUAUUUAAUCGAAUUGGCAUUUAAAGGGUUAAAUUCCAUCAGCUGUUAA